AUGUCAGACCUCCAAGCCACACUCACCAAGGAGCCCAAUGGCUCACUCACCGUCACCGGGUACGAAUCACUCAAGUACAACUUCCACUACACCUCGCCAGUCUUUGAUGUCGCCAACAAGAAGCUUGCAGAGAUUUACGAGAAAUGGGGAAGAGUCUUGAUCGUCAUUGACACGAUCGUUCACCCCAUCUAUCAAUCCACCAUUGAGACCUACUUCAAGCACUAUGGCAUUCCCAUCACUUGGAAGGUCGUCGCGGGAGGAGAGCUCAACAAGACCAUGGACACCAUGCUCGAGAUCGUCGAUGCCAUGGACUCGUUCGGGAUCGUCAGAACCGAGCCGACUUUGGUCAUCGGAGGUGGUCUCGUUACCGAUGUCGCAGGAUACGCUUGUGCCUCUUACCGACGAACCAGCAACUUCAUCCGAAUCCCCACGACCUUGAUCGGUCUCAUCGACGCUAGCGUCAGUAUCAAGGUCGCCGUCAACCACCGAAAAUUAAAGAACAGACUUGGCGCCUACCACGCUCCUCUCCACACCUUCCUCGACUUUUCCUUCUUGCGAACGCUUCCCGUUGGCCAGAUUCGAAACGGAUUUGCCGAGCUCAUCAAGAUCGCCUCUGUUGGCGACAAGCCCGUCUGGGAGCUGUUGGUCAAACACGGCAAGGAACUCGUUGAGACUGGUUUCGGUCACAAAGAUGGAGGUGAAAGCGUCAAGGCUCCUGGUCUCGAGGUCUGCCACCGAGGAAUCGAGACGAUGCUGCAGCUCGAAUCGCCCAACCUUCACGAGAUCGGGCUCGACAGAGUCAUCGCAUUCGGCCACACCUGGUCUCCUACCCUUGAACUGACUCCUCGAAUUCCUCUGCGACACGGACAUGCCAUCACUAUCGACAUGGCUUACUCUAUCACCCUUGCCCACUCUCGAGGAUUGAUCAACGAUGUCCAGCGAGACGAAUGGUUCCACCUCAUCUCCUCGGUCGGCCUUUCGAUGGAUCACGAAGCAUUCGACGAGCAGCUCAUCGAAGCAGCUACCGAAGCAAUCAAAAAAACCCGCGACGGCAAGCAGCGAUUCGCUGUCCCCGACGGCGAGUUUGGAAAAUGUCUAUUCCUCAACGAUGUCCCUCUCUCCGAGCUCAAAUCCAUCCUCAAAGUCCACAAAGACUUUGUCAAAUCUCGUUACGGCUCCGGAGAUGGUCUCGAAGCCUACGUCGAUGCUGGAGACCUUGGUGCCGACCCUGAAAAGUACGCUGCCAAGGGUCAACCCAAAGACACGGCAGACAGCCUCAAGAGGAACGGUAUCGAAGGCGUCAAGGUCAAGACUGCCGCUGUCGCUGCCGGAGCCGUCCCUAUCGAUGGCACUGGCCAUGUCGUCAACGGCAUGACAGCUACCAGGGUCGCCGCUUAG